AUGAAGAGUUGGACGUCAAGAGCGAAGGAGUUUGGAAUGACUGUCAAUGGAGUGGCUGUGGUAACGGGAGUAAUACAAGGGACAGUGGCAGGACCCUUCCUGUUGAACGUCGCCAUCGAUGACAUCAUGCAGAUAAUUGUCGGUCGGUGUCCUGCCGACGUCGUCUUAGCACCAACAGGCUGCCCGUUGACUGAUCUCGAGUUGUGUUACGUUGGGUGUAUGCUAAAGAACAGCGGCAGCUACGAGAAAGAUAUUCAGGAAAGAUGCGCUAAGGAUAUUUCUGCAUUUAACUCCCUAACGAAAUGCCUGUGGUUGACCCCCAUCACCAAGGAAGUCAAGCUGCGAGUCUACCUAUCCACAAUUCGCCUCAUCAUGAUGUACGGAUCGGACACUUGGGCAGCACCUUCUACUGCGAAGGAGAGGAUUGACUACACGAAUAGGAGUCUGCAUACGACUGCUUGGCUGCUUCUGACCUAG